AUGUCCCCCACUGCAGCCGUUUCUAAAAUAUUAGUUAAGACAAUUUCAUUUAUUCCUAAAAGGCUCAACAAAAAUACAUCCGGCAUUUUAAAUGACGAAGCGAAAAGGGAAAAGAAAACUCCACCCUCUCAUAUAGACCGUGCUCAAAUCACCGUACUAGUCGGAGUUGGUAUUAGCUCUACGAUCAAUUUUACAAAGGGCGUUUUGGUUGCCUUAAGCAAAUCGUUUAAAUGCAUAGCGGCAAUUUUACAGUUCCCUAGAAACACUGGCGGUAUCUGGGAAAAUUGCCAAAAAAAAGUAGAAAGUUUGCCGGCAAUAUUGCAGUUAUGGAGGGAGCAGCUUUCGUCAUCAUGGUUGGAAAGUGCGCUAGAAAAAUCAAGCCCCAACUACUGAAAGAAGGAAAGCCUUUGGAACUGAAAGAAAAAGAAUAUGCCAAACGAGAGAAAGAAAGAAAAACAUCCAUCCGCUAGGAAGGUAAAAACAAGGCUUAGC